AUGGCCGCAAAACCCACACUCCCAUGGUCACAUGCCUGUUGGCAUGUACUACGGAUAGCGCUGUCUUUCUCGCUCAUCUUCUUGGACAACACCAUCCUCUUCUUCACCGCAUUACUGGCCUAUUUCCCCUACUUUCCCUACCUCCGACUGCGCCAAAAACGCAAUGUGCGCUUCUACCCCAAAACCAUCCUCAUCACAGGCAUCGGCACCCCGCACGGCCUGAAGCUCGCCCGAGCCUGGGCAGCAGAAGGCCAUCGCGUCAUCGGCGCAGAUGUCACAGAUCUAGACUUACCCAUUCGCUCGGGGGGAAGCAUGUCCAAAGCACUAGUUGCAUUCUACCGCAUCCCAAAAGACCACUACAUCUCCCGCAUACUGGAUGUCAUCAAUCGCGAGAAAGUGGAUAUAUGGAUCCCAUGCUCGCCCAAGGCAACAUCCAUUGAAGACGCCACAGCCCGACAAAUGGUCGAAAGUCGCACAGGCUGUAAAUGCAUUACCUUCGACGAGAAUCUGGCGAUUUGUUUCGCAGGGGAAUCAUUCACCAAAUUCGUCACAGAGAGAGGUCUUCCUGUCCUGGAGUAUCACAGGGUUCAAUCCCGGGACUCGGUGCAUAAGAUCUUGCACCGCUCCCCAUCCAAGUCGUAUCGGAUUUCGCGCGCAACGCCAACUGCCAAUGAUCGGGCUCUGCUUUUGCCAAGACGCACUAUCAGCAAGACUUAUACGUGUCUUAGUGAAAUCCAAAUCACACAGGAGAGACCAUGGAUUCUGCAGCAGCAAUUCAGGCUCGGGGAAGUAUUUGCCGAUCUUCUGAUUGUUCGCGGGCAAGUCCAAGCCAUCAAAGUCCGACUGUCUGAUGCCGGUUGGGGAUCUUCGCGUUUAGACCAGGCACUUAGCGCUGCUAUCCAGACACUGAUGCAGAGUCUUGCGACUAAAUGCGGCACCCGAUCAACAGGCCAUUUAACAGUGCGAUUGAUGAUCGACGAGGAAUUCGACGCGCACUCAGUCCGACACAGCAUUUACAUCGCUGGAUGUUCAUCGGGCGCGAAAGUAAUCGAAUCCCUGCUCCAUGACAUUCCAUGUCCAAUCGCAGGCUACCUCUCUGUAUUCCCAUCCAACCCCGUCGAUUCACGCUCCAUCACCGCAUCACUCAGCUCAACACCUAAGAAGUUUCCGCGAGCCGCCAUUCUCCCCGCUGCGUUUUUGCAUUUCUCCCUCUUGCAUUUCGUACUUACCCUGGUUGAAGUCGCGGGAUCCGAACUGGCCCGCUUGUUAUUCUGGAAAGAUCCACUAUUCACCCCUCUUGAUCCCCUUCCCUGGUGGUGGGAGGUACAUAUUUAUCGACCGCUGCGCGAGGUAUGGAUGAUGGUCAAGCAGACACGGGAGGCUGGGUUGAAGGGAUAUUGA